UGCUUUUCAGAGCCGACUCAGCUCUCCCGCUUCCACUUUCCAUCCUGUUUAUUCCAAAUUGUUAGUUCUGUUCAGGCAGCUUCCAAAAGAACAGUGGGUUUGUGUGGGGGUUUUGUGUAUCCUGUGUUGUGUUGGUGAAAAAGUCAAAGCUGCAGCGAGCAGCGAUACGAACAGUGACAUAUGAACAGCAUGGAGGAGGUUGAUCUGGAGCUCGGGGACUUGAUAGAAAUCUUCCGCUUGGCUUACCAGCAUUGGGCGAUCUAUGUGGGGAACGGUUAUGUGAUCCAUCUCGCUCCGCCAAGUGAACUUGCAGGAGCUGGUUGCGCCAGCCUGAUGUCCACCCUCACUAACAAGGCCUAUGUGAAGAAGGAAAAGCUCUCGGAAGUGGUGGGCCACGACCGAUACCGGGUCAACAACAAACACGAUUCCAAAUACACCCCGCUGCCCGUCAACAAGAUUAUCCAGCUGGCUGAAGAGAAGGUGGGCCAAGAACUGGAAUAUAAAAUCACCAGUGAGAAUUGCGAGCACUUCGUCACCGAACUGCGCUACGGCGUGGCCAGGAGCGAUCAAGUCCGAGAUUUCUUUGUGGGGGCGACCAUCGCGGGCCUGGCUGGCUUGUUUGUUGGCGUCGGCACAGCCAUGGUUAGGAGGAAAAAGCAGCAGAACCAAUAAUGAGGAAAAAAGCAGAUUUCUCAGAG